AACAGUUAUUAGAGUAUUGGUUUUCUUUUUCAUACAUGUCAGUUUUGGUAAACCAUGAUUUUCAAGGAAGUUGGCCAUUUCAUUCAAACUGUCAAACUUAUUGACAUCAAACAGUAUAACACUUGUGUAGGGAACUUGUGAUUUCUUUCAAAUAAGGAGAAUGUAAGCUGUGUAAGGGCAGGGAUCUUGUCUGUAUUGUAUGCUGAUGACUCCCCACUCUUCAUGUGUAAAAUACUUUCUGCUAUGUAAUAUGCACUCAAUACACAUUAUGGAAAUAAUGAAUCAAUAAACAAUAGUAUCACCUAAGUGGCAAAUGAGGAAUCCUUAAUGUCUAAUUAAAAUUGUCCCCAGGCCAUGUCCAGUAGACUCCCAGCCUCAUGCCCACAAUAUUCAUAAAUUCCCACGUGGCUUACAUUUUCACCAACACCUCUGGUUUUGAGUUUCCCACGCAAGUAGAGUACUCUGGAUGUUGCCUCAUGACUUUGUUUCCAAAUAAAUGAACCCUCAAGAGUACUCAGCCCACGCGGCCGGCAGAGCUGUGGCUGCUGAGGCAAAGAAAGGAUGAACUGGAGCAGAGUUUGUCGGCGCUGCAGGAGAGCCGGCAGGAGCUGAUGGUGCAGCUGGAAGAGCUGAUGAAGCUGCUGAAGGCUCAGGUCCCGGGGUCCCCGAGAACGUCUCCCACUCACGGAGGCGGCUGCCCUAUGCCCAUGCUGGCGCGCUCCGCGUGGGCCUGCUCCACGCCCACCUGCUGUCCCCAGGAUACGCUGAGCAGACAGGUGCAGGAGGCCUUUGCACAAAGUAAGAGGAGGAACUCCUCCAAUGACCUGCUGGUGGCUGCUGACUCCCUCACCAACACCACGUCAUCCCUGGUGAAGGAGCUCCAUUCAGGUUAGCGGAGCAGCCCAAAGAGGAAACCUCGAGCAAGCUGGCACCAACCUGAC